UCAACUCUUCGUUUAUCCGAACUCUACCUCUCUCUUUAGAAACUCUAGCUAGUCUCUUCGAGCUUAAUCUUGACGACGAUGGCGCCGGCUCGGAUCAACUCUCCACCUGAACCUAAAUCAUCCGAAGAAGAGCUCAGCGACUCCCAAGUUUCCUUUUCAUCGGAAGACGAUGAAAACACCAAUGGAGAAACUGAGGCUAAUGGUACAAAAGAUGAGUUUUGGGUUCGGUAUCCUUCUUUGAAGAGGUAUUUAAGCAAGGAGAUAGUCAAAGAGUCUGUUCCCGAAAAGUAUGUUUUGGAGAAAGCCAAGCUUAUUGGAGAUGAUAAGGCCAAAGAGUUGAAUGAUAAGUGUGAUGUUUUGUUUAUCAAGGAGAUGGAGCAUCUCAUCAACAAAUUUCGCUUCAUGGCUGAUGUUUUGGAGUUGUUGUUUCUCUGAGAACUUUUGGUGGUGGUGGCUUUGAGUUUGAUUUAAAUAAUUGUAUUCCAUCUCUAUGAUUUUAAAAGAUUCAUGGAGGAUUUGAAUUUUUCUCUUCUUUGUUUUUUGGAUUAUUAUAAAUUUCUUUAAUCUCU